GGACAUCUCCAGUCCCAUACGUUUUGGACAAAGACCUUGAGAUGAAUGCUAAAGGACUCACCCUGAAAGCCUUUGACCAGUUCAGGUUGAAGUCAUGUAUUGACUUCAAACCAAGGGACUCUGAGGAGUAUUACAUCCACGUCAAGAAGUUAAAUGGAUGUUAUUCAUAUAUUGGGAAAGUAAUAUCCAACGGACAGAACAUCUCCAUCGGGUCUAACUGUGAUUCCAUCUCAAUCGUUGAACAUGAGUUCCUCCAUGCUUUGGGCUUCUACCAUGAACAGUCCAGAUAUGACAGAGAUGAUUAUGUGACCAUUGUUAACGAGAACAUCAGAGAAGGCUAUGAGAAUAAUUUUGACAAACAAAGCAAUGAAACCACCACCACCCAGGGAGUCCCGUAUGACUUCUGGUCAGUGAUGCACUACGGCACAGGUUAUUUCAGCAAUGGCAACGGGUCAACUAUUAUAACCAAAGACCCAAAGUUCCAGGAUGUGAUUGGUCAAAGACUGGAAGUGAGUCCCAAAGACGCUCUGGAGCUGAACCUCCUCUACAAAUGCAAGUCAACCAUUGCAUUUCAGAUGACAUGCAGCUUCCGCGAUGAGACCAUGUGUCAAAUGACUAGCUGUUCACAGAGUGGGCUUGGCUGGGAAAUGGUAACAAAUGUUACAGGGGGUCCUGUGUCUGACCACACCAAUCUACCCAGUGGCAGUGGUGAACAAAGUAAGAUUUUUAAAUCUAACAUUGCAUGUGUGUACUUCAAAACUUUCCCCGACAAUGAAUUAAAAUAUGUACUAUUCCUAUCCAACUUUCUUAUGCCACCCACCCUUAUGUCAUGUGAAGAUGUGGGUUACUUCAUGCAUGUUAGCACGGCAUCAGGUGAGGAGGGAGACUCGGCCUGGCUGGAGACCCACAGGAUGAGUCUCAAUAGGGAGCAUCAUGUCCAGUGUCUCCAGUUCUACUAUUUCCACAGUGGGAAAAUGUCAGACCACCUCAACAUCUGGAUCAGAGAGUUUCAGAAUGAAUUGGACCUCAAGGGAACCCUACGCCUCAUGGGGCAGAUUGAUGGCGGGCCAACAAAACAAUGGAAGCUCCAUCAUGUGUCCCUGAAUGCCACCAAGCACUUCCAGGUGGAGUUUGAGGUUUGUAAAGGAGCAGGAAGCUCUACAGGCGGCUUCUCAAUCGAUGACAUCAAUCUGUCAGAGAUCGAAUGUCCACAUGUAACCAUGCAGCUUGAUGACUUUGAGCGCAAUUGGGAUGCCAGUGAUUAUGGAGCCUCUAAAUACAGCACUCGGUAUUACUCCAGCGGGGGCUAUGCUUACAAGCUAGCGAUUGAGCUGUAUAAUUCAUCUUUCGGAUUGUUUGUGCAACUCGUGUCUGGUGAAAAUGAUAACUGGCUGGAGUGGCCUUGCACAGAAAGGCAGGUGACCUUCAAAAUGCUGGACCAGAACGCCAACAUCCAGCUGCAGAUGUCCAAACAAUUUAGUAUCACCAGUGACCUAAGCAGUUAUGUGUGGGACAAUCCUCGUCUGGUUGGAUUGCCUUACGUAGAUGACAAUGGUGAAACCAUCUUUGCCGGAUCUAUGUAUGGCAGAUCUACUUUCUCCGAUAAAAAUGAAUCAAAAACCAGGGAGUUCCUCAAGGGGGGAAGUGUCAUUUUCACCUUUAGCUUCCAAGAUAUCACUGCUCUCAUCAAUGGAAGUGCUCUGCCAAUUCCUCAAGUUGGACAAGUGAAUAUUAAAUAUCCUCCUAAAGAGCUGAAAGAAGGCCCUUGUUCAUCACGGUAG